UUUCUUUCUCUCACAGUAAGCUGAGGAGGAGACACAAGGAGACAGUGGGCCAUGAAGGGAAUUAGCCUUCUAGCCCUGGUGGCUAUCCUGCCCUUGCUGUGCCAGACUCAAGAGACUGAAGAGCAGAGGUCCUGCCAUGGGGCAUUUGAUCUGUACUUCAUCCUGGACAAGUCUGGCAGUGUUAAAAACCACUGGAUUGAAAUAUAUUCGUUUGUAGAGAGCCUUGCUGAAAAAUUCAUAAGUCCUAUGCUGAGAAUGUCUUUCAUUGUCUUCUCUUCUCGAGCAACAACCAUUCUGAAGCUGACAGAGGACAGAGAAGCAAUACGACGAGGCUUGCAGAUUCUACACACAGAGGCUACUGGAGGGGAUACAUUUAUGCAUGAAGGAUUUAAAAAGGCAAAUGAACAGAUUUUUCAUGAAACUCAUGGCGGUGUCCGUACAGCCAGUGUUAUUAUUGCUCUAACAGAUGGAGAGUUACAGCAAACACAGUUCUACUAUGCAGAACAAGAAGCUGAGAGAGCAAGAAGCUUUGGCGCCAUAGUAUACUGUGUAGGCGUUAAAGACUUUAAUGAAACACAGCUCUCUACCAUUGCUGAUAGCAUUGACCAUGUGUUUCCUGUAACUGGAGGUUUUCAUGCUCUACAGGGAGUUAUUGACUCGAUUCUAAGGAAAUCCUGUAUUGAAAUUCUUGCUGUUGAGCCAUCAACUGUCUGUGCAGGGGAAUCCUUUCAGGUUGUGGUACGAGGGAAUGGAUUUUACCAUGCUCGCAAUAUUGACCAAGUGCUCUGUAGCUUUAAAAUAAAUGACACCAUAACCCAAAAUGAAAAACCAUCAGAUAUACAGGAUACUUACCUACUUUGUCCAGCCCCUGUACUAGAGGAUGUUGGGCAGGUCGUGUAUCUGCAAGUCAGUAUGAACAAAGGACUCACUUUCAUCUCCAGCUCUGUGAGCAUUACCAGCACAUAUUGUCGCACUGGGAUCAUUCUCUUUAUUGCUCUGCUGGUGCUCUUCCUGCUCCUUCUACUGGCUCUGCUUUGGUGGUUCUGGCCACUCUGCUGCACAGUGGUCAUUAAGGAGCCUCCACCUCCUCCUCCUCUGGAGCCUGAAUCUGAUGAUGAAGAUGGCUUACCUAAGAAAAAGUGGCCCACUGUAGAUGCUUCUUAUUAUGGGGGAAGAGGAGUAGGAGGAAUUAAAAGGAUGGAGGUAAGAUGGGGAGAUAAGGGUUCAACAGAAGAGGGGGCCAAGCUGGAAAAACCCAAAAAUGCAGUUAUAAAGCUACCAGAGCAGGAAUUUGAACCAUGGGAGCCUAAACCAAAGAAGAACUCUGCACGUAGAUUUCCACAGCAAAGGAAGUGGUACAGUCCAAUUAAGGGCAAACUAGAUGCACUGUGGGCUCUCCUACGAAGAGGGUAUGACCAGGUGUCUUUAAUGAGGCCCCAGGCUGGAGAUGAGGGACGCUGUAUUAAUUUCACAAGAGUGAAAGCUGAUGGCACAUCAACUAUCUACACACCUUCUGCCACCAGACCUGCAACAAAUAACACUUAUAAUUCUCCUCCACAAAGGCAGCCACCACCAGGACCUCCACCUUCACGAGUGCCUCCAGGACCUCCACCUGCUCGUCCACCUCCCCAUCCAAUUAAUUGAGCCAAAUCUUCAGUAUUAAUAUUGUUGGACUGAAACUGGUAUAAUUACUGACAGCUGCAUGGCCGAUAUCCCAAUGCAGCUCUGGGCCGAUAGAUGAACAAACUGCACUUUGACUAACAAUCUCCAAAAAAUCUUCUUCAUGAUUUAGCUUGUAUCGCUGGGUUACAAUAGCUUAUGUCAUUUUAUAUAUAUAUAUAUAUAUAUAUAUAUAUUUUUUUUUUUUUUUUUUUUUUUUUUUAAACCAUUCUCAAAUAAUUUUUAGCUUCUUGUUCCAAAAGGGGCAAAACCCUGGUUUGAAGCCACCCCCUUUUUUGCUUUGAAAGAGGCAAAUUUUUCCUUAUCCCUAAACUGCAAUUGCACCCAUACCUAGAUCAAAACGAGUAUAUUAAUACCAGUGAAAUGAUUCCUAAAGAAUAAGAAUCAGAAAGACUUAGGAACAGUACUGGUAUAGUAUAAUCAUCCAAACAUUUUGGGAUAGAUUUAAGAUUAUUUGUACCAGUUAUUGAUGGCAUGGAUUAGCAGACUGUGUGACUGUAAUUCAUAGAGGUCCUGUGACUUUGCACAAGAAAAUAAAAUAGAGGUUGGGCAUAAGAAAAACUAAUUCAUAGUUUGCCAGAAUUACAUUUUUGCUGCCCAGAAAUUCUACCAUUUUUAUCCAUGCAGCUGUCUUUAACCCUUUUACUGUCAAAAUGACCUAUACAUAGAUCAUUGGUUUUAUACAAUGCUUGUACUUCUGGCAGGAAAAGGGUUAUUUGAAUCCAGUCUAUUUAUUCUGUGUUUUGAUUUUAAAGAUUAGGCAAACUGAGUUUGUUGCUGGCCAGCAAAAUCUGCCCGAUUUCUGCUCAGGUUACAGCCUGACCUCAUAACAUUCCACACUUACUCACCCCCUUUAUUGCCAUAUAUGUUGUAUAUUGUAUAAAGUCUGGAUUUUUCAUGUGACUUCAAAUCUGAAUCUUAUAUAGUUGCACAGCGGAAGAAAACAAGGUUAUCUUGUAUGUUGCUCUGGUGGUGGCAGUGGGAUUCUAGCCUCCAGUCCAGCAGCUGAAUACAGCUAGAGUCUUCUGUGUAGUUGGAUGGUGCAAGUUAUGUUUAUUGUAUUUUCUGAUUAAUAUGUAUGUGAAACAGUGAAGGUUCUGUACAGAGAAUAAGAAAAGCAUAAGAAAAAUAAGUGGUACUGCUGGUUCAGUAAGAGUAAUUUAUAUUGUGCUGAAAUUUUUACCUUCCUCUGUAGGUGGGAGCUAUGACAUGGAGAUUUAGAGUAAGUCCAUGUGGGAAAUCUUCUAAGACUCCUAUUGAAAGGAAUGCAUUUGUUUUCAGAAAGGCCAAGUAUAUUCUGUAUAAAAUAUGCAAGACAAUGAAUAGCUGUGGCCCUUGCUCAAAUAAAAAUACCUUUUAUAAAUGUUAAACAUGAAGGAUAAAGUUGCUGGUGACUAGCAGAUACUUAACUUGAACUCCCAUCACUCUCACCCUGUGGUCUUUAUAAAGAUUCAGAGAACUGAAGAUCUGCUGUGCAAUAAUGAAUUCACUGUCUUUCCCUGCAUUUUAAACUUGGGAAGACAUCCAGGAACCUGGGUGAUACAAUUUCACCCCUGUUAUUGCAGCACAAAUCAGUAACCAUGUUGUCUCUUGAUGCAUUUCCUUUUCCAAAUAAAUGGUAAUCUUAUUUCUUUUACUAAUAAGCAAAGAUUUCUGCUAAGCAAUUCUUUUCACAUCUGGUUGAUGUGAUGCUUGUUCUUUUGGACUGGUGGCACAGAAGUGAUCCAACAUUUUAAUAAAUAGGCUCCAACACAGUAACAUAAAUAUUUUACAUGUUUUCAUAUUUUUUUUAUAUUUGGCAGCUUGGUUAUUUUAAAUAUUUUUCUUCAUCAUUCUAGCAGCCUCAGUAUGUCACUUUUUCAGUGAUUAAAGAAGAAUGCAUCUGACACCAAAUUUCAUGCAAGUAUAUCAGUUUUAUGGUAGCCCUAUGCAUUGCUGGGCUCGGACCAUGAGGAGGUUAACUCUUCUGUCCAAAUCCUUAAAGUGGACCUGUCACCCAGACAUAAAAAGCUGAAUAAUAAAAGUCCUUUUAAAAUUAAACAUGAAAUCAAAAUUAUUUUUUUAUUCAAGAGUUCAUAGUUAUUGUAAAAUCUCAGCUGUC